CAGGGGUGGACAGGAUGACAGAGAAGGUCAAGCUGCUCAGCUCCGACACCCAGCACUUUGAGGUGGACGCGGAGGUAGCCAAGCAGAGCGUCACCAUUCUAAACACCAUCGAGGAGAUUGGCAGCGACGAGGUCAUCCCCGUCCCCAAUGUCAACUCUAAGAUCCUGUCCAAGGUGAUCGAGUACUGCAGCUUCCACGUAGCGGCCGAGAAGAAGGACGAGCACGGCAAGACGGGCAAGACCGAGGAUGAGAUCAAGGCGUUUGACGCCGAGUUCACAAAGGUCGACCAGGGGGUGCUGUUUGAGCUGAUCCUGGCCGCCAACUACCUCAACAUCAAGUCGCUGCUGGACCUGACCUGCCUCACGGUCGCCAACAUGAUCAAGGGCAAGACGCCUGAGGAGAUCCGCAAGACCUUCAACAUCGAGAACGACUUCACGCCAGAGGAGGAGGAAGAGGUGCGCCGCGAGAACCAGUGGGCAUUCGAGUAGGCGCACCAGCCUGCAGCCAACACGCUGCGAGCGCCCGCUGCGCCGCCGCCGCUCGGCCGGGCAGCUGGCGCGGGGGCCUAGCUCCCCUGCCCGCCUGCCUGGGCGCUGCGCCCUGGGUGCCUUGGUUGUAGGUGACAGCUGCGGCAGCGGCGCUCGCUCGCUCGCUCAAUUGUUUGCUGGAACGCACGCCCCCAGCGCCUGUAGUAGAUUCUUGCAUGUAUACUCCCCACUCACCUCGUCCUUUCCUCCUCCGCUUGUUUGUCGCUGCUCCUGCAUACCCCCUCCCCGCCCUCUUGCCUGCUUUUCAACGGACUGCGGCCACUUCGUUCAGCUCUUCAACCCACAGCACCACUUGACAUAUGAAGCAUCUUGUGCAUGGGGCCGGGCAGCCCCGCCGCCUGCCUGCCCCACAGACCCUCUGCUGCUUUUUUUGAAAGUUAUGCGCGGCCUUCUCUGUGAGAAAAUUCGUCAC